GAAUCGCCACCACACCUUCAAACAUUCCACAAUUGAGGACAACCGAGCAACACCAGAGCAAGCAGGACGAGCGAGCGAAGCAACAAUGACGGAUGAUGCUGCGAUGUCGGGCGACAAGAAGGUGGUGGCGGUGCUCGUAGGAGCGACGGGCCUGGUGGGCUCCAUGCUGCUGCCAAAGCUGCUCGCGGAUGCCCGCUACUCCCGCAUCAUUGCCCCAACCCGCCGGCCCCUCCAGCUUGAGGGCGCCACAGAGAAGCUGGUCAACCCCGUGAACGCGGAUGUGGUUGAGGCACUGCCAAAAGGCGAGCACGUGGACCACGUGUACAUCUGCACGGGAACCACACGCAAGAAGACGCCCGACCUUGAGAAAUACACGGCCAUCGAGGUCGGCCUGCCAGACAAGUGCGCGCAGUGGGCGGCUGACGCCGGCGCAAGCUACCUUGGCGUCGUCAGCAGCAUGGGUGCCAACGCACGCAGCAAGUUCGCGUACACGCGCCUCAAGGGCGAGAUGGAGCAGCUUGUCCUUGCCAAAGACGUGCCCAACGUCUCCAUCCUCGAGCCCAGCGUUAUCUUCGGCAAGCGCAACGAGUCCCGCACGGGGGAGUCCAUUGCCAAGGGGGUGAUGGGCUUCUUCGCGCCGCUCAUCCCGCGCAACUACCGCGGCAUCCACGCAGACGUAAUCGCAGAGCGCCUGCACGCCGAUGCGUUUGCCAACCUCGGUAAGCGCACCGUCCUCUCCGGCGACAUCCCCGUUCCAAAGGAAACAGCAAGCAGCAGCAGCGAGCGGAAGGGGAGUGAGAAGGGGGGAGCCCAGAAGCACUGAUGCGACGCAAAGAAGGAAGACCAAUGUGUUGAUGCAAGGGAACACGUUGAUUGAGAGAGGGUUGGCGUUGCGUUGUGUGGGGUUGGCGUCAUGUGCAGUGAUGUGAUGCAGUGAUGUGAUGCAGUGAUGUGACACUCUGUUGGUUUGCGGCGUUGUUGAGCAAUGAUGCCAUGAGUUACAUAUCGGUUGAGAUCCAUACACAUAUGCUGGAGUGAUGUGUUGACAACAACAAGCAACGCUUUCAUUGUUUUCGUUACGACCAAAGGCAUAAAGCACGGCACCCAAA